AUGGCCUUCAAUCAAUUGCAACCUGCAUUCUGGUGCCGAUACGUGGAUGACACCUUUGUUACAACUGAACGGAACAGACUAGCAGAUUUCCAAAACUUGCUUGACGGCAUCUUCACCCACAUCCAAUUCCCAAGGCAAGAAGAGAAUACCACGACAGAGACGCAGGCCAUUGUCCUAGGGCCACACGGCAUAACGUCAGGGACGCAUGUCGAGACGAUAUGGGAAACGUCGUCAGCGCGACCACAACCAAUCCCGAAUGCUAUCCCCUACCCCUUCCCCCAUUUCCUCGCAGUUGUUCUACAUAACGAGCCAAUGCUUGCUGUUCUCUCUGACGAUGGCCUCCUGUACGAAACCGAGAGCUCAGGCUAA